GGGCGAGCGCACUCGGCGCCGCCGCCAGUGGCCGCCAGUGCGCCUUCGACUGGCUCCGGUGUACGCGCUUACCGCGCGCGAGGGUCGUCGAUCCAGAGCUGGACGUGAUCGCGCUGGUGAAGCGCAUAAUUCAGCUCGAUAACCCGGAGCGUGGUCAACGUGUUUAAAGCGGUGAAGUGCUACGAAGCAACGUGAUUCGCCGGACCGUUGCCGGCAGAGUGCUCGCAAAGUGCUUCGAGCUAUCCGGCAGGCGGCUGGCGCGAAUCAACGAUUGCCUCGAUGAAAACGAGAAGAAUGCGGAUCGACGGUUCUCGUUAAAAAAGUUUGCCGGGAGGUGCGAUCCGACCGAACGGGAGUCGGAAAUGUCGAGAGAUAGGUUCGGAGGGGCAGGAUCGACGCGAUGCCGAUGAGCGAAGACUUAACGAGGGGAGAGGAGAAGGAAAGAUCGUCACUUUAGGGGAAACGGAACAUCGGGAAGACCGGUUACGAGGCAGAAUCGUUGCGGUAUCGGAAGAUCCGGGAUUGCGGAUUGCAUUUUGAUGAAUGCCGUUGCCGAGGGAGGUUUGGAUGAGAAGAGAAGAAUAACAGGAAUUAACGGCAAUUAGUGGAUCUUGGUUUCUUUGGCCGAGGUGUAUAGACAAACACUCGAGUCAGGGAAGCCGGAUCCAGGAGAGGACCGUUUCAAGCCGAAGGAAAAACAAGAAUUGCGAGAUCUACGUCGAUAUGUCUCCGAAAUGACCGUUGUUGUCCGAAAGGAAAACUGGAGGGACGAAAUUGGAAAACGCGGAAAAGAUAAGAAGAUAAUUUUUACGAAUUGAGCGUUAACGUCCUUGAGACGACUUCGGUGGUCGUAAUAAGAGAUUCAAUAAGAUAAAAGGAUAAAAAGAGUUGGAGAUCAGUGAACGACCGAGAUCGCCAGGAUCUGCUGCGAGUUAUCGGAUCAACGUUCCGGAGCCGCUUCCUGGAGUGCCGUUAAAUCGGGAGAUGGACAAGAGUCUCUUGUAGGGAAGAAUCGGCUCGGAAAGGGGGAAAAAAAUGGAGUUCUACGACGCGAACAGCGGAGACCUUAGGGAACUUUGGGAGUCCUACCUCACCGAGUCGGCCUUGGGGCAGGAUGUCCUGAUGGCGACGAGGGAGGAGGAAUGGGGAAAUGUCCUGUGUCUGAGGGACAAAACGACAUUAGGCGUUGUUUUGAGGGAUAGAUUGAUGACCGACGCCGCAUUAGGAGGUCCCAGGCCUAUCAAAUCCGAACACAGUUACAGUCUUUUAACAUCCAGUCCUCCACCGAGUCCGGCUACUCCUGGCGCCAACCCACCCACACCAAAUUCCACUUCCGGUGGCACCUGCACCGGAAGUGCCGAGCCGAUCGAAGAUAGGAUCAGCCAACACAGGACACUCGACCUUCGGAGUCGAAUCGAUGACAUGGAAGAGGAAUGCUUUCCCGCAAUUUCUCUGAACACAGCGUCAGGAAGAGGUGCAGCGUCUCCUUCACCGUGUCCAGCAUCAUCCUCUGGGGGGUUGACCUUGACCCAGAGGGACUCCUUAUCAUACGAAGACACCUGUCGGGAGAUCAAAGGAGAACCCGAAAGUCAACCUGGAAGCCCUAGAGUGCCCUCCCCCUCCUGUACAUUGGUGGACGACAAAACCACCAUAACCAUGGUUGCACCAAACAGCCUCCAUUUCACCAGAAAUCAUCUCUCCCACCCCAGCGAAAGCGAGGAAGACGAUGACGAGUAUUACCCGGGCAUGGAGCUAGAAAACGCGGUUAGUCCCGGAAAUGACGUCACUGGAAGAGGUUUGCCACCGACGCCCCCAAGUUCUGCAAGUUCCGACAGCGAGGGAACCGUUUCGGCUUCCUGUUCUCCGGAACGAAGAGAUUCGCAAGGUCACGUGCAGAAUUUGAGAGGACUUUUGACUCCCAGGCUUUGGGUCACGAAUGGGACACACACACACGCCACAAGGCAGCCUAUUCACACGCCAUUAAUAUCCUGCCAACCGAAGGGCUCCACCGGAGUCCUGACGUUGACGGAAGAGGAGAAGAGGACCCUGAUCGCCGAGGGAUAUCCUGUGCCCACCAAACUUCCCUUGACGAAACAGGAAGAGAAGUCCUUGAAGAAAGUUCGGAGGAAAAUAAAAAAUAAGAUAUCAGCACAGGAAUCUCGGAGGAAGAAGAAAGAGUACAUGGAUGGAUUGGAGAGGAGGGUGACAUUAUUAGCCAAUGAGAAUUCUUCUUACCGUGACAGACUGACAGCUUUAGAGGGCACCAACAGAGAAUUACUGAAAGAGCUGCAACGUUUGCAAGCGCUACUACAAGGUUAAAUUCAGUCUUCCUAGUUCCAUUAAGGACAUUUAUUCGUUCGUAAGUAGGUAGGCACGAAGUAGUAUAAGGAUAUAUAACGCCAUGGCUUUAACUCUCCUUGUACUACUUCAUACGUCUAGGAAUAUAAGAUAGACAAAGAUGUCGGCCUCAUGACGAGGAUAGUCCAAGGGGUUUAAUUUAUUCAUGCGAAGUUUUGACUUUUUCAAUCUUGGCGGUACUUACAAGUAUCUGACGUCGAAUUUACUCUUUUAUCUUAUUUUUGAAAAAUGUUUCGGCUUUCGACUUGUCACAAUCGUGCUUCAUUCGACACUACUGUUUGUAAAAUUAUAUGACGUGUUUUUUGGAGAGUAUUAAGUGUCGUUAACUUUAAAUCAGCUCUAUAUUAUUCGCUUAGAGGAAUAAAUAAUUCAACGGAGGAGCAGAAUUGUAUGCACAAAUCAUGCCGGUUGGUUUGACUCGAUUACAAUUGAUCUAGAAAGCCGUUUUUUCAAUCGGGGUCAUAAUUCUGGACUCAAAGAAUUAAUUAGAGCAGUGUGCCUUGCCAUGAGAUGAGAAGAGUGCUCGCUUUCGUAUUUUCACUUUUAUUAGAGUUGUUAUUUCAUUCUGCACGGAGCGAAUUUUAUUUUCGUAAUAAUUACUAUACGUUAUACGAAGCGCGGAAAGUGUUUAUAAAACAUUACGAGACGAAACAGUAGUUAUUAGUGUCGAGGUUGUUUCAUGGAAAGUUCGGAUAAUUUCGUUUAAUAAUUCAAUAUAUGGUUUUACUAGAUAUUUUAUUGGGCAUUACGGGAUUCGCAAGUGCUCGCCAUAUUUCUUAUAAAGUGUAGUAAUUAUUAUCGUAACGUUUCCGUAUUAUCACACGAACGACUAGAUCUAGAGAGAAAAAGAAACAUGAAUUUCCAUACAUUCUAAUCGCGUGAUUCUAGUAUAUAUUUAUUUCCAUAUUACACCCGUCACUAGAAAAUUGGAGGGAAUUGUUAAGUGUUGUAUUCCAAUAUUACUUCAUUAAUUUCCGACGAAUAUUUCACAAAACAAGACCCAUUCCACUGGUUUUACCUGGUAUAAGGAUGCGCGAGUUUGGGGACAUUUUUUAACCACUAGAUUUAUUUAUAGGGUGACGAGGAAAUUCUCGGAAUUAAAAUAAUAAACUACGUAUUAAAGCUAAUCGUAUUUUGUAUGUUCAAUAUUUUCAGAAUCUUUAUAUCACGGAGAAACGAAUAAUUCCGAGAAUUUUUGGUCGCUUUGUAGGUGCACGCGUAAGGUGUUAGUUAAUUAUUUAAUUAUAAUUACUAUAUGUUUAGCCUUGUUAUUGAUUCGUUGGUUACGUGGUAAUUUCGAGGUCGGGAAUGCCAGUCAAAAAUACGGACACGUCAGGGUCGUUCGAUUAUCGCUAUCAUUCGAUAUAAAUAUCAAAUUAUAAAUCUUCGUCUAUGUAGGAGCCACAAAAUGGUGGCGCUUCUUCAAGGCUACGGGACCGUGUGCAUUCUUUUUUCUUUUAGUAAAGAGACAAGUCUUGAUGUCCCGAAAGUGGACAGCAGUUGUUAUAAAUAAUUUGUAAAUAUGUAUUGGCGCGGGCCUGGAUACCGGCUGCAAUUAUCUUUACCGAAAGUAUAUAAAUACAUUUGCUCUUCAUCUCUUAUCAAUCAUUAUCGAGCUUUCGAAGGGUCCAAUAAUCAACAUUAUACAAACGUUUCUACAACGUAUUUCUUCACAGAGAAACAAUGUGAUAACAAUUGUAACAUUUUUAAAUGUACGAUCAUUUGAUCUUUGAUGAUUAGACGAUUAUUUUACAAACAAGACAAUAAUACUUAAAUGAUCAUCUUUCAAUUCUUACAUUUCGCGGAUUAUACAAAUUGUUUAACGAUGUAUUCUUGAAAUUAUCAACCGUAAUAGGAUACGAUUGCACGCGUGUAAUCAGUGAAACCACCGAGAUAUCGAAUUCACAGCUCAAUUUGAAGUAAGAAAAAUCGUUUUAAUUGUACAAUAGUCAUUCGUUGCAAAAGAUCGUUCUGGCUCGCGGUAAAAUUUAAGCAUUAAUUUACAAUUUUAAUUAAGUUUCGCGCUUUUUCCAACUCGACGCCGAAGGAACUCGCUAGAAGACGUUCUCCAUGUUAAUUAUCGCAUUUGUUAUUUGCGGUUUACAGACGCGAUAAUUCACAAGAUUAAAAAAAAAUAUGCUUUCAGCAUGUUCUUUCUCGCAAGAGCGUCCCUUAGAAAUAAUAUCUUCUAACGAGCUACGUCCUAAUCGUUCAGAUUUUAAGAAACGGCGUCAAUUGCGCGGAAAUAUAAAUAAAAAAGGCAUAAAAAAGGAGACUACAUAAAGUACAAGCACGCGUGUGCGUGAAGUGCUUGCAUGUAACGUUAAUUACGACCGCGGUUUAAUUAAUAUAUUUUCACGGAGCGUCCGCGGGCUCUGUAAAUCUUUUGAUAAAUAUCUCUGUCCUAAGCUGAGAAAGUACAUCCCGACUAGGCAUAUACAGGAGUAUACCGUCACAUAGAGUAACGCUACGAUAUACAUUGAUAAGUAAUCGCGCGUGUGCGGAUAUUUUUCAGGAGUUACGCCGCCGUCUUGUACAUUUUCUGUCGUUGCGCUCGAACAUUGCACGCGACAUCCGCGAGAGAGACAUUUAAUAUAUAUACACAUAGAUACAUAUAUUCUGUGAGGAACUUUUAUAAAUGAUUACGGACACUCGUGUGUAUUAUAUAUUUUAUUUGAGACGGUACAUUCCGUGAUGUGCCGCAUGCGGUGGGGCGUGUGGACAUCUUGGCACAUAGCAUCGCGCCGUUGCGCUUGUCGAGUAAUUUGCAACUAUGGGCCAAGUAUAUAUGUGCAUGGACGUGGCUGGGUAUAUAUGGCGAUCAUUGAACCCAUUAGGUGCAAGAUAUAUGCGGUACAUACGGUGUAAUGCCACGUGGGCUCGAUCGCGAGCGCGUGCAAAUUUAAUUCGAUUCGAGUCUUGUUCGAAUGGGUGUUGUCUGACAAUAACGAAUAAACAUGUGUGACCUAG